AUGUAUUAGGGAUCCAACCUAUCUCGUACAGGUUAGAUGGCUGUAUCAAAUGAACAAGUCUCUAACCAAUUGAAACUACUUAAAGCAAAGAUGAGCAAUCGUGAUACUUGGUAAUAGGGAACUAAUCAACCCUUAGACGGUUAUCCACAUACACAACCUACCAAACCAUCAUAAUCACCUCUUUAUCCUAAAAGUGACUACGACUUUUAUACUUUGAAACAACAAUAGUAAAAUCAAAUGCAAUCCAGCUCUUAACCUAAGAUUUCUGAUCCACGCACUCUCAAUUACCAAUAAUUAUAACAAUAUAAACAAUAAUAAGUUGUCCCUACUCAAAAUCCUAAUAAAAAUGAUCCUUAUCUAGGAAUGAAUGCCAUCAAUAGACUCAAUUACUAUGAUCAACUCUCAAAAUACAAAGAUGAUCCAUAUAAAAAAAAUAAUAACCUAAAUAAUAACAAUGCUCCUUAAAGUUAUUAUGAACAAUAAUUAAACAAGCGACAAUAACAAUAAUAAUUAAUAUAAUAACCUCCUAAAUAUUAUGAUGAUGUAUUAUCCAAAAAAUAAUCCUAUGGUUAUUAGUAAAAUAACAAUUAUGAUUUCACAUAAUAACCUAUUUCAUUGCAAAAUAAAUAUGAUUUCAUGAAUUAUAAUAAUAAUUACUCUAAUAAUGGAUUGUAUGGCAAUAAUUAAUAAUGGCAAAAUAAUAAUAAUCAAAAUAAUCUUUAUAAUAAUUACAAUUAUAAUUAAUAAUAAUAGUCAACUUAGUCAAAUUAAUAUAACUAAUAUAAUCUAUAUGGAAAUUAGAAUUUAAAUUAGAAUAUAAAUAUAUAAUCUUAAUAAUAAUAAUAAUAAUAAUAAUAAUAAUAAUAAUAAUAAUAAUAAUAAUAAUAAUAAUAAUAAUAAUAAUAAUAAUAUAAUAAUAAUUAAUACAAUUAUAAUUAAAAUAUUUAAUCUUAAUCUCCGCUAAAAUAAUAAUAAUCCUAACCUACAUAAUAAUAUAAAUACUCUUAACAUAAUUCUUAACCUUAAUUUGAUAAAAGAGAAAGAGCAUAAUAAGAUCCAAUCAUAGAUUAAUAUAAGUAAGCUUAAUAGACAACAGAAUAAUAUAAUAAACCUUAACCCAGGAAAUAAUAAUAACUAUAAUAGUCAACAUAUAAUAAUAAUAAUAAUAAUAAAGUAUUAAAUCCAAUAGAUGAAUUACCAGCUGUAGCUAAGAAAAAUCAAACAAAUUCAAUUCCACCUCUUGAAGAAGAUGAUGAUGCUGAUUUAUAAGAAUGUCCAGAAGGUUGUGGUAGAAAAUUUAAGGAAAAUGCCUUAGAUAAACAUAUUAAAGUGUGUAAAAAGGUGUUUUAAUCAAAAAGGAAAGAAUUUAAUUCAAAAGCACAUAGAUAAGCAUAUUAAGAAUAAGCAAAAUUAGAGAAAUAGGGAUAAGUUAAAGAUAAAAUAAUUGAAAAAAAAAAAUAGAUGGCUUAAAAUGGAGAUCCAAAAUGGAAAAAACAAUCAGAAGCAUUUAGAUAAAUGAUAAAUGCUGCAAAAGAAGGAGGAACUGUAGAUAUUCAACCUUAAGAUGAUUUAGUUGAAUGUCCUGCUUGUGGUCGUAAAUUUAGUGAAUAAGCUGCUGAAAGACAUAUUCCAGGUUGUAAAAAAAGAAACUUUAAAAGAUGA